AUGACGACAGCUGCCAUCACUGGGAGCCCACCCCACUCCCCGGGCCUGGCCCGAGGCCAAGGUCACGGCGAGCGGCGGCUGCAAGGGCCGCACGGCCCGGCUGGGCAGGGCUGCACCGCGGAGUACGGCGCACGAGCUCGGACUGGGCUGGUCCCCGGCGCCCGAAGCCGCCGCCGCCGCCCGCGCCCACUCACCUUCCGAGCGGGAGGAGGACGCCGCGCGCCGGACGGAAGUGCCCGGCCCCGCCCCACUCCGCCGGGCCGGCGCGCACUUCCGGGACGCUCUGGGCCCCGGGAGGACCGCACGCCUCCGUGGCCGUGUGGGGGCGGGGCCGGGAGCGAAGAAGAGGCCUUUCCCCGCGCUGCUCCUCCCCUCGUGGGCUGCGCCCGCGCGUGGCUUUCGCGUACACGCUGGCCCGGAUCCCGCCCGCGCCUGCAGAGCGCCCGGGCGCGGGGAGCGGCGCUGCGUGGGGCGCAGAAGCCGGCGCCUCGGCGCCUCGGAGCCUCCUUCCCGACGCCGGCCCUGCACCGCCCAGCACCUCUGGCGUCUGGGCAGGACCCCCGCACACCCCCGCCUCUGCACACCAGAUUCCGAUGGUGCCCCUGCCCAGCUGUGACCGCCAACACAGUCCCGGACAUUGCCGAGUGGGCCCCAGGGGCAGAAGUGCCCCUGGUUGAGAGCAAUUGCCCUGACGAAGGAGGCGCGAGCCAGGGAACAGAGGACCGGACAAAAAGAACACAGAAGCCAGCAAGCAGCAGGGAAGGGAGGCGUCGCAGUGAGCGUGUCGGGCAGGCUGGGAACCAGCGCAGUGGCCCACGCGGACCGAGGACACACGCAGAGCAAGUCACAGAAAGUGCAACUGAAAACAAACGGAUGCUUAUCCCAGAUGCACAGGACACUUACCAAGGACUGAUGGUCUAUCAGAGUAAUGCUCAGCAGCUUUGGCUGGCAGGACAGUUAAACUUUUGGACAACAGAAAGUAACUGGGAAAUGGGACAUCUGCCACCAACACGAGAGGCCAAGACCACAGCUGUUACAGGAGGGGUCAGCGCCACAGUACACGGGUGGCGGCGGCUGCACAUGCAGUGCCUGGGGAAUCUGAGUGUUCGGACAUGCCAGGCGUCCAGCCUCACCAGGAAACAGGCACACGGGGACAUAGGCGCAAACACUGAAAACUCUCGCUGAAUCCACUUGGCUGAGGGGUGGCCACAGGAGCACGGUGCUGCCCUCCUCACAAACUUGCACCUGGGCCCCAGGGCAAGACGGGCAUGGAAGGUGCAGGGGUGCGGGUGCGGGUAGGGGCUGCUGGAGACGGGCGUGGGAGGUGCAGGGGUGCGGGUGCAGGUGCGGGUAGGGACUGCGGGAGAGGGGCGUGGGAGGUGCAGGGGUGCGGGUGCGGGCAGGGGGUGCCGGAGAUGGGCGUGGGAGGUGCAGGGAAGCCGGCGCGGGCAGGGGCUGCCGGAGACUGGCGUUGGAGGUGCAGAGGUGCGGGUGCGGGCAGGGGCUGCUGGAGACAGCCGUGGAAGGUGCAAGGGUGCGGGUAGGGGCUGCCAGAGACGGGCGUGGAAGGUGCAGGGGUGCAGUAGGGGCUGCCGGCUCAGAGGCGUGUCCAGGAACCCCCGUCAGGCCGGAGCCCUGCCCUGAGCCGCCUGCAGGGGUGACUGCGGGACAGCAGCAUUAGGCCCGGUCUCAGCUGUGAAGUCGCCCCCACCGCCACGCACGACCCGGGGGAUUCUGUCAAGUUGGGGGCCGUCUGCUUGGCCGGGCUCCCUGACCACGUGGCUAGGUUUGCCGAGGAAACCAGGAGAGUGCCAACACCAGGCUCUGUAAGCAUGAGGCUCCCUGCUGGCCCCAUCCCGGAGUUCACCCCAUCCUUCCCGCGUCCCUGGGCCUCAGCUGUUCCUCACUGACCUCAGACAUACCCUGCCCCACACCGGCUCCACAGGAGCCCUGCCCACCACCGCCUCAGCUCUGGGGACACGGCCUUUCUCCCGGUGCAGAGGCGCAGCUCGCUGCCUCCAAGGCCCGUCUUCCUCCACAGCAUGUUUUUAUGUCACCUCAUUCACAGGAAAGAAACGAUCACAUCUCAGUGCCCCAAAUGGGGACCAAUAAGAGAGGUCACUGGGAAUGAAACCCAGGUACACCCCAGGGUCCGUGGGCUCCCCAGAAACGCAGGUGGACCCCACCACAGCCAACAGGCCUAAGUCGCUGAUCGGCGCCCCCCUGCUUCCCUGGGUCGAAGAGGAAACAGAGGCCAGGACGAGGAGGGCUGGCCGGCUGCGUCCCCAGACCUCUGAUUCCAGGGCUGGCUGGGAGCACCCCUCCCCUGCUCUCUUCCUGCUCUCCUGAGAAAUGGCUCAGGGAUGGGGCCCGCGGGGACAGAUGCUGGCAUGUCUCUCAAAAUGCUCGCACAAGGGACACUCCAUGGUAGGUUCCUGCAGCAGAGCAAAGUCACAACAUUCGAGGUUCUCUGCACUCUGAGGCCCACAGAGCUCGGCUGGCCGAGUGAGGCUGGGAGGAUGAUGCCUGCUGGUCAGGGCAGCUGAGUGGGGCUGGGAGGAUGGUGCCCGCUGGUCAGGGCAGCCCUCUAGGUCAGGGUGGCUGAGCAAGGCUGGAAGGAUGGUGCCUGCUGGUCAGGAUGGCCGCGUGAGGCUGGGAGGGUGGUGCCCGCUGGUCCAGGUGGCCAAGAGAGGCUGGAAGGAUGGUGUCUGCUGGUCAGGGCGGCCCAGGAGGUGCUGUCCAGGCGGAGCCCGGGGCUGGUGUGGGUGCGCCAUGCUCCUGAGAAGUUUCUGGGUUGUGGCUUUAAUGUUCUCCUGCAAUGAGAACACUGACACUUGGCUGAAAGGUCCUCACGUCUCCCCCAGUACACUUCUGAGAUGCCAGGAAGGCAUUCCGAACAUCAGGCUGAUUCCUGGGACUCCCCUCCAGGGUGGCCUCACCGGGGUCAGGAGCCCCCGCCCCACGCCCACUGCCCCACUAGGAUGGCUCUGCAGUGGCCUGAGGACAGUGAACACUGGGGUCACUGGUGUAAAGUUGCCCACUGUGAUGGUUUUGACCUUCUUCAAAGAAGUUUGGGAACCAAGUGAAAGCCCGGCAGCUACUUCUAGGCAUUUCAGAGGGUGCUUCCCUGCACGACUUCACAGGGUGCUUCCCUGCAUGAUUUCCGAGGGUGCUUCCCUGCACGCACUCUGCUGCACACCGCCCUCCCUGGGCCAGGAGCCUGCUGCACAGAAGGAGGCUCCUUUUCUUCUCUUUCCAGCACUUUUCUCCUUUUCUUCAUCUCUGCUCCUCCUCUAACUGAGGAAUGUGCGAAUCUUUUUUGUUAGUUUUGAGGUUGCUUCUUAUGCAUAUUUCAUCUGGAACUUCCUGCUUUGGGGGUGAUCUGCUCUACCAGCCUGAAAAGGACGAGAAAUAUCUUCUUAGUACAUGAGAAGUGCGGUGAUUACCCGGUUCCUCUGUUGGUAAAGACCACACUCCGAAAGCAAGAAGAUGGCUUAAAUUUGGGUUGAGUGGAAACAGGCACCUGCAGGCAACGCAGGCCAGGGUUGGGGGCGGGGGGGCCUCAAGAUCAGUGGGGGGUGUGGAAGUGGGCGUUAACCUGUGCACCCCAGGGCUGGAUGGCACCAGGUUCAUGAGGAAGUGCUUCCUGUUUUCUAAAAAUGUUAAGCAAGGUGGGAGGGUGUCAGAUGUGUAAGCUGAGUGUACAUGACAUGAUCCUUUAACCGCGCUAGAGCAAAUGCCCACUCACCCCCCCAUCCGGUUUCAGCGCAAGAUACCACCCAGGGCGCAUGCCCUGUGCCGACCCCUCUCUCCUGAGUUCCGUGUGAACCAUGCCUUUGCUUUUCUCUGCAGUUGGACCACAUGUAUCCCCAAACACCACACUGUUUAGUUUUGCUUGUUUUUGAACUUCGCGGUGGUUAAAAUCGUGCCGUGUGACUUCUGUGCCUUACAUUCUCUGCUCAGUGUGUGUCUGACACACAUAGGUGUUGACGUGGGUCCUGGCUGGCUGCGCAGCCAGUAUGCCAACAACUUCCCUUGACCAACAGACCAUGAUUUACCUGCUUUGCUACCGACAGGCAUUUGGGUUCUUUCCGGCUUUCCUGACAGUGCAGGCCGUGAACGUUGUUGUGUCUCUGGCUGAGCGCACACACGUUUCUCAAGGGGAAGUAAACAGGUGGUUCCUGGGUCAGCAGGAACACACAUCUUCGCCUUUGCCAGAAAAUGCCAGGCUGCUCUCCAGACUGUGCUGCUGCCCAGUGCCACAGCAGCAGAGGAGGACUCCUGCCCAUCCCGUGCAAGGAUCCGAAUCAGACUUGGCUGUCUUUACCACGCUGUGGGGCACAAAAUUGGAUCUCUUUGUUGUUUUAACUUGUGUUCUUUGAUUUUUAAAGAGAUUGAGCAUGUUUUCAGGUAUUUACGAGCCAUGGAUUUUUUUUAUGAUUUUGCCCAUUUUUCUUUUUUUCUAGAGAUGGGGUCUCGCUGCAUUUUUCAGGCUGGUCUUGAACUCCUGUUUUGGCCAUUUUUCUAUUUAGAUAUUUGUCUUUAAAAAUCCUGGUUCCUAUGAAUGCUGCACAUAUUCUGAAGGUUUGUCAUCUGUCGCUACAGUGGUCAGGGUAAGUAAUGGUGGCUGGGACAAUGAAGAACCUCCGCAUCUCAGCGUCUUGCUCAGGAGGCCUCCCCUUCUUGCUCACACCAUGACAGGGUCUUGAGGCUCUCCCGAGGGCGACUCCAGGACAUGGCUCCUUCCCUUGGUGUGUUGCUCUGCCAUCUCUGAGUCCUUCUCUUUCAGUCACAGGAAGGGAGGACAGUGGAUGAUCACAGGGAAGAUUUCAGGAGGCCAGGCCUGGAAGAGGCGUCCAUUACUCCUGCUCACGUCUGCAAAACAGAAUGCAGUGAUGCAAUCCCAGUUCGCUGAAGCGUCAACCUUCUGGGCUCAACUGAUCCUCCUGCCUCAGCCUCCUGAGUAUAUGGGACCACAGGCGCACGCCACCAUACCUAAUUUUUAAUUUUUAUUAAAUGAAAUCUCACUAUGUUGCCCAGGCUGGUCUCAAACUCCUGAGCUCAAUCGAUCCUCCCACCUCAGCCUCCCAACGUGCUGGGAUGACAGGCGUGAGCCACAGCGCCUGGCCUGCAAGUGCUUAGUACCUUUGUUCAUGUAUAUGUGUAUGAGUGACACUGAACUGUAAUUUUGAUAUCCAGAUUAUACUCACUUCAGAAAAUAA